AUGCAUUCUGACUGCACGGCGUAUACAGGCGUUCGAAUCUGUGUGUGUAUUGGCACAGAAACGCCAAGCCUGCGACCUGCUCCGCUGAACAAUGGGGCGGUGGAAUGGCAAUGUGAUGAAGCUACUAAAAGAGCCUGUUACAGUAAAGGCAAAUCAAAGGAGGAAUGCCAAAACUACAUUCGAGUGCUUCUUGUUGGAGGCAACCACCUCUUUACCUGUGGAACCAACGCGUUCACUCCUAUCUGCACCAAUCGGACGUUAAGUAACUUGACAGAGAUACAUGAUCAAAUUAGUGGCAUGGCUCGUUGUCCUUACAGUCCCCAGCACAACUCCACUGCUCUUCUCACUUCCAGUGGGGAAUUAUAUGCUGCUACAGCCAUGGAUUUUCCAGGAAGGGAUCCUGCUAUUUAUCGCAGUCUGGGGGCCCUUCCUCCUCUUCGCACUGCCCAGUACAACUCCAAAUGGCUGAAUGAACCAAAUUUUGUGUCAUCUUAUGACAUUGGGAACUUUACCUACUUCUUCUUCCGGGAGAAUGCAGUGGAACACGACUGUGGGAAAACAGUCUUCUCUCGUGCUGCUCGGGUGUGCAAAAAUGAUAUUGGUGGCAAGUUCGUGCUGGAGGAUACCUGGACUACUUUCAUGAAAGCUCGGCUCAACUGCUCUCGCCCUGGAGAAAUUCCAUUUUACUAUAAUGAACUACAGAGCACUUUCUUCCUGCCAGAAUUGGACUUGAUCUAUGGGAUUUUUACCACUAAUGUGAACAGCAUAGCAGCCUCAGCAGUUUGUGUUUUCAACCUGAGUGCCAUAACUCAGGCCUUUAAUGGACCCUUCAAAUACCAGGAAAACUCUCGCUCUGCUUGGCUUCCAUAUCCCAAUCCCAACCCUAAUUUUCAGUGUGGCACCAUGGACCAGGGUUUGUAUGUAAAUCUGACUGAGAGAAAUCUUCAAGAUGCUCAAAAAUUCUUCUUAAUGCAUGAGGUCGUUCAACCAGUUAUUCCAAUUCCUUACUUCAUGGAAGACAACAGCCGAUUUUCCCAUGUGGUCGUGGAUGUUGUGCAGGGCAAGGACAUGCUUUUCCAUAUCAUCUAUCUUGCCACAG